GUUAUUUGGUUAUUAGUAGCUCGCCCAGCGCAGAACAGUGAACACACGAUAACUGAUAGAUCGUACUAUAUUAAAAAAAAUAUAUAAAGUUAAAGACUCCACAGUGAUAAACAAGUUUGAAUAUGAAGUGUUUCGUUUUAGCCGCAUUCAUGCUGAUCAGUUUGGCCAGCGCCGAGAAUAUAUUCAAGAUUAACAUCACGCCAGAGGAGGCGCAACAAUAUUUAAACAGCGCUCAACUGCGUGGCGUUAAUGAGAUUGAAUUUGCCCCAAAGACUGGAGAGAAUCCGCUACCCGAAGCAAGAAAUGAGAAGGGAGAAUUUGUGUAUAUGGGACGUGUGAUUGAGCAUCCCGAGGAGUAUGUGGAGGAGCACUACGAUGCGCAUCAGUAUCAUGGCCAGGAUGGUCUGGGACAGUACGUCUAUGGCUAUAAGGAUUGGAAUCAGGGCAAGAACGAGAAGCGUGAUGAGACCGGCAAGGUCAGCGGCUCCUACAAAUAUGUUCAGCCACAUGGACGUGACUUUGUGGCCCAGUAUUAUGCUGACAACACUGGCUUCCAUGUCGAGGACAAUCGUCCGGCGCAUCUCAAGUUGCCCGCCACCAAAACUCCCGCUGUGCUGAAGGCCGAGGAGGAGCAUUUCCGACUCUGGGGUGAACUUGCCGCCGCCGCUGGUCACAAUCCCGAUCCCUAUGCUGCCGAAUACCAGACGGGCGAGGGUCGCUACGAACCUACCGAGGCCGAGACCCGCGAAUAUGUGCAUGAGGAGAAACCCUAUGUGCCCGGUCCCGAGGAGACUGGUGAGCCCAAGGGCUUCUUCUAUGCCUUCGACUAUAAUACGCCGCUGUUGCGCAACAAGGCGGAACGUGAGGAGCUCGAACAUCUGCGUUCCAUCAACAACAAGGAUGAAUAAAUUAGAGAUGAUUCUGUAUUCCAUUAGCACCCAUUAUAGUCUACACAUUAUAGAAAUAAUAUAACUCUAAAUAUUUAUUCAACGACAUUAAAUAAAACAGCAGCUAUUUACAUUUCUCAAA